AUGGCUGACGUUGAAAUGAAAGAUGCUGCCGAGCCUGCUGCUGAGGCUGCCGAGGCCAAGCCAGCUGCCAAGGGCUCAGGAGCCAACCCCAAGUUUGAAAUCAAGAAAUGGAAUGCAGUCGCCAUGUGGUCCUGGGAUAUUUGCGCCGAUACUUGCGCCAUUUGUCGAAACUCACUGAACGAACCAUCCAUUGAAUACCAAGCCAACCCUUCACCUACAAAUGACAAUGGAUUGUCCAUUGCGUUUGGAAAUUGCGGUCACGUCUUUCACUUGGAUUGCAUCCAACGUUGGUUGAAGACAAGAAGUGUUUGCCCGCUGUGUAACAAGGAAUGGGACUUUGCAAAGAUCGAACGAAUUCCAGGAUAUGGUCAAUUGGGAAUUUAA